AUGGCUACGAGAGCAAAAUAAUAUUGCACUACGAUGGCAGAUGUUGAACAUAAAGUGUUGAAGUACAAGUCCUACCUAGAGACUAAUCAAAAUGGAAACAAGGUGCUGUAUAUUUUUACACGACUGACUGAAAUGCUGAUCACCAUUGAUAUUUUACAGAGAACUGGAAUAGGUAAAGUUGUGAACAGCUUUAGAAAGAAAGAGGGAGAGAUCGGACAACUUGCAAAAGACAUUGUAGCAAGAUGGAGGUCAAUGGUGGCUGAAGAGGCCCUUCGAUUGGAAGUGGAAGCGGAGGCUCGGGAAUCCGAUAACCAGGGUGAUGUUAAUAGUGAAUCGGGGUCAGAAUCGGAACAAGACUUGAGCACUGAUGGCGAUGAGACAAAAGAGGAAGAAAUUAGAGAAUCUGAAAACAAAUAUAAAAAGGAAAGCGUCAAAUCUAGCUCUGCUAUCAACCAAAGAAAAUCGUCCAGUAAAUAUGUUGAUAAAACACAAGUAUCCCAUGAAAAUGUGCAAAAGGAAAGCAAGGGUAACCAAGUGGAAAAUCUCAGACACAACAAGCAAGAUGAUGGAUUGAAAAAAACCGACGACAAUAAACACAAAAGUUUUCAUAGUAAGCAUUCAGGUUCUGAAAGUAAACAUUCAAAGUCAGAUAGUAAGCAUUCAAGCUCUGAUAGUAAGCAUUCAAGCUCUGAUAGUAAACAGUCUAGCUCUAAUAGUAAGCAUUCAAGCUCUGAUAGUAAGAACAAGAGUUCUGAUAGUAAGCACGAAAGUUCUGAUAGUAAGCAUUCAAGCUCUAAUAGUAAGAAUAAGAGUUCUGAUAGUAAGCACGAAAGUUCUGAUAGUAAGCAUUCAAGCUCUAAUAGUAAGCAUUCAAGCUCUAAUAGUAAGCAUUCAAGCUCUGAUAGUAAGCACAAGAGUUCUGAUAAUAAACAUUCAAGCUCUGAUAGUAAGCACUCAGGUUCAGAAAGUAAACAUUCAAGCUCUGCUAGUAAGCAUACAAAUUCAGAGAAUAAACAUUCAAGCUCUGCUAGUAAGCAUACAAAUUCAGAGAGUAAACAUUCAAGCUCUGAUAGUAAGCUCAAAAGUUCUGAAAGUAAGCACAGAGGUUCUGAUGGUAAACUUAGUGGUUCUGAUAACAAACAAAAGAGUUCAGAAAAGAAGCAAGACAGUUCUGAAAGUAAAAACAAAACUGAAGAAAAAAAGCACAGAACUGGUAAUUCAAAAAGUGAACAAAAGUCUUCGUCGUCCGAAAAAAACACUAUUUCUGAAAAGUCAGAGAAAGGGUCAGCUUCUUUGAAAGACUCUACAAAAAAUGAAGUGAAAAUUGAAACAGGAGAGUUAGUGCAAAGUUCAACUGAUAAUCCUAUGUCGCCAGAACUCCGUGAAAAAAUAGAGUCCAGAGUUGGCAGUGACGAGGACCCCUUACACUGGGAAAUGUUAGAGACAUUUGAACAGAUCAAGUCCCCUAACUCCGAAAAGUCUCUGGAGAACCUGUCUCGCCAUGAGAAAGUCAAUGAAGAAAGAAACCGGUCGUUGGACAAAAAAACUUUGACUGAACAAAACCCUGAAUCAGAAAAGAAAAAACACUCAGUAUUAUGUGAUACCGAAAAGUCAACAGUUGGUGAAAACCCCCGUGGUAGUGAAGUUUUAAAUGACAAGAAAACAUUGACAAAAGAAAGAGAACAUUCAAAAGACCGUGAUCGUGAAUCAAAACACAAACACAGGGAAAAGGCAUCCAAAUCACACCACAGUGAACAGAAGGAAUGCUCAACAGAGAAAGAUAAACACCAUCGGGAUGAAUCGGGUCAUAAAAUUAAACAUUCAAAACAUAAGCAUAAACAUUCAGAUAAAGAUAAAGAACAUAAACAUUCAAAACGGGAUAAGUCUGAGAAAAGGGAAGUAAUUCAAGAAAAGGAAGAAUCCAAAAAGCAAACAUCGGAGAAAGAAGAUUUAAUUACUAAAGGACAAGAGAAAGAAAGACCGAGAUCUAGUAUCUUGGAAUCCUUAUCAAAUGAAGUGGAUGAAGGAAAAUUUGUCUCCGAUGAUGUACCGGGUCUUUGGUUCUUAAAUUCUAACAAUAACAGUUUUCUAGCUGGUAAGAGUGACAUGGAGGGUUCAAAGUUGAAGGAGCCUUGUGAGAGUUCAAAGGUCAAAGUUGAUUCACACUCAAGUGACAAAGAUUAUACCAACUCGUCCGAGAAGAGUCUAACUUCCGAAAAGGACAGGGAAGAGAAAAAACGACAUAAGCAUUCCAAAAAUAGAGAAAGCUCCUCAAGUAAGCACAAAUCUCACAAGGACUUCAAAUCUAAACAUGAUUCAAAGCACCACCGAGACAAAAAAAGAAAACAUUCUGGUGAUGCAGAUGAUUCCAAGCCCUCAAAAUCACGUCGUAAAAGCAGCCAAGAUGGAAUGUCUUUCGAAGAUCUUCUAACUGCAGGUGCUACGGAGACGAAACAAUCACAACCGUCGAAAAUGACACAAAAUGAUUAUGCUAAAUUGAAAUCAAAAUUCAAAGUGAAAAGGAAGGAAGAUAAUUCAACUAGUGUUUCAGCCAAGAAAGAGAAAGGUGGAGUAGAAAUGAAGGUCACUGAAGAGGAUGUGCUUGGGGCUCUUCCUCAGCCCAAUACCCACUACAGGCCCUGGAGACUAAAGGAGGUACCUAUAGAGAAAAAGAAAACUGAUGAAGAGCUUUUGGAUGAAUUUAUUGCUGCUACCAAGAGUACAGGAAGGACACAGAUGUACUCAGGAAAAAAACAAAACUUUGUGCCAGAGGUGUACAAGCUGUUUGACAUGUGUAUGACAGUUCUUUGCAAUAACAUUGACAGUUUGGAGUUUGUUGGCGGUGUGCCAUUUACUAUUCUGAAACCUGUGCUGGAGAAAAGUACUGCUGCACAAUUGUAUCGACUGGAGGAUUUCAACCCUCAUUUCCUGGAAGAGUCCGACCAGUUAUGGAUGAACCACUGCCACAAAGAAUUCCGGUUGAGUAAACCGCAGGAGAUGGAGUCAUGGAGGGAACAUUACUUGAGGAAAUUUGACGAGAGAGAAGAGAAAUUGAAGAAAAUUAGUGCCAAUAUCAACGCCUCAAUGGCCAAAAAAGUUCCAGAGAGGACAACACAGCUUGCUUACAUAGACUCGGCUGCAAAACCUCCUAGAAGUGUCAGGCGCCAGCAGGCAAGAUUUGGCACUGCAGGGCCGUCAUCUGGAGAACGGUCACGUGCACGGUUUCACCCAAAUAUGGAUCCAAUACCUAUAGGAAGGUCAGGGUCUAAAGCUGUAAAGACAUCGGCUCCCAUGAUGGCAAAGACACUGACUAUGAUCAAGAAGAUACGGCGUUGAUGAAGACGUGAAUAGCGGGCCAUAAAAACCUUAUGUUAUAGCAUCAAAGCAUACAUUACUACUGUAUUUAUCCUGCAAUAAGCUCACGGGGCCAACACAUAAUCCUUAACAGAUAGAAUGGGGAUGGGCUCAUUACAGGACAAUGAGACCUUUUGUUUGCAUUUCUCCCUAACUGCAAUACAUAUUGUUUGGCUUAUUACCAAGCAUGGGCUUAUUGACGGAUAAGUACGGUUUUGAUAAUUUCCGUAAUUAAUCUGUAACAACUGAAAGACGAGGAUUUGGAUAGCGAAAAUUAAUCUCUACACUAAAUGUGCCUGAAAUAUUAAUCACCACACCGUCUGAUUCACAUUUUACUUUUGUAUUAAUUAAAAUGGAAUAGAUAUCAUUAACCGUAUGAAAUAUAAGUGACCUACUGUAGCAACUAUGAUGUGUUAAGUUGUCUGGAAACCAUCAAAGAUCCCAGGUUAUUCAGAAACUUGGAAAAGGUACAUAGUACUGUUCUGUAAAUGUACAAAUCUUAACGGUUUUCUAAUUUUAGUACAUUUUUUGCGCUUUUAAUAUUCCUUAAUUAUGAUUAUGUUAAUUGAAAUUUCUGUAGGUAUUUUUCUAUUGCAUGAAUUGUGAAUACGCCAAUUUAUCGAAGUGCUACUCUGUUAAAAAUUGAUGACACACUAAAAAUUGACUGCUUAAAUAAUUUUGCACUACAUACUCUAUGAAUCUUUCAUUUCUUACGUUGCUAUUUUAUCAAAUAUCUGAAGAAAAUUUGUUGUCGAUACAUUAUUAUGAUUACUUAAUACUGCUUUCAUGUCAUGGGAUGACUCUGAUGAUGAAGAUUUGGUUUAUGAACAAGUUUUCCAAUUAUCCUGGGAACUGUAAAGCCGUAAAACAUUGUUUAGUGAAUGUUUCCAGUUUGGAAACCGUAAUAUACAUAACAACUCUGCCUACAAUCUUUGAAAGCUCCCAUUGUUGUUUGUUUCGAUGGAAUGGUGCUAUUUUAGUUACGUAAUAUGGUUCGAACUAUUAGACUUGAGUGUAUUAAAGAUAGAUAUUUUGGUUUUUGAGAAGAAUUUAAGCUUUAUUUUGAUGUCUAUAUUAUAAAGAUAAGUGCUACCCCAAUAUAUACUUUGAAUAUGAUUAGCACAUACCUGUCAACUAUCGUUGACAGAGACUGUCCCUCUAUCUGAUCCCCAAUAUCUAACCUUGAAAUAUCAACUUAAUUUAUUUUACAACAAUUAUGAAAUAAAUCAUUUCAACUUAUACUAAUCCCUCUUGUUGGCGUGGAUGUUAGCGUGCAGGGGUCUUAAUGUGGGAGGAAACCAGAGUACCCGUAGAAAACCCACGUGGUCGGGCAGGUGACCCCAUACCUUUUCACGUCCAAUCGGGGAAUUGAACCCUGACCGCCUUGGUGAAAUGCCAGUGUGUUAUCCCCCGGCCACCCGACGAUCCCAAUAUUUACCAACUGAUCCCUCUGAAGGUUUAGGACCCAGUCUGGUCCCCCUGUCUUAUAAUUCUGACAGAAUUUGUCCCUCUUGGGGGCAAAGGUCCCUCUUAGGGGACAAAAGUCCUUAGAGCACAAUUCCAUUAUUUUAUAGCAUAUUCUUGCAAAAAAACUCCACAUAUGACAAUUAUUUGUGAUGUCAGAGAUUUGUUUCUUUCUGCGUGCCAUCCAUCAUAUCUUAAGGGGUGACAGAGCAAUCAUACCCCAGGGAAUAACAAAGAAAUCUUCAACAGUUGAAAUGGGAGAUAAUUCUGGGAGAAAUGUGUUAAGUUUGUUAAACUAUCACUGUUACCAACUGAGCUACUGAGUCACCAGAAGUGUCCUGGUCCAGCUGUACUCUACUGAGUCACCAGAAGUGUCCUGGUCCAGCUGUACUAUACUAUGUCACCAGAACUUCAGAAGUGUCCUGGUCUAGCUGUACUAUACUGAGUCACCAGAAGUGUACUGGUCCAGCUGUACUAUACUGAGUCACCAGAAGUUUCCUGGUCCAGCUGUACUAUACGGAGUCACCAGAAGUGUCCUGGUCCAGCUGUACUAUCCUGAGUCACCAGAAGUGUCCUGGUCCAGCUGUACUCUACUGAGUCACCAGAAGUGUCCUGGUCCAGCUGUACUAUACUGAGUCGCCAGAAGUGUCCUGGUCCAGCUGUAGUAUACUGAGUCACCAGGACUGUCCUGGUCCAGCUGUACUAUACUGAGUUACCAGAAGUGUCCUGGUCAAGCUGUACUAUACUGAGUCACCAGAAGUGUCCUGGUCCAGCUGUACUACAGUUAUAUCCAAACUGAAAUUAAAGGGAGGUUACUGUAUAUACCACAAAACACAGUGAGUGGAACAGGGAUCCUAAAGUCUUAAAAUAUGAUCUUGUUUAAUUUAUUGUUUAAUCAGGAAAUCUGUAAUGGAGAAAUUUUCUCAACAAACCAGAGUGUCCCGUUGAGAUAUGUUAUUUGUUCUGUAUAGCCCAACCUUAUUUUAUAGGACACAAAUAGGGUUUAUUACAGUGUUGAAGCAUAAAUGGUGUUUGCAAUAUGUUUAUAGAUAUUAUGUUCAAUGAUAGCUGUAUUGGUAUCUUAAGCUUGGUGCAGUUAUUUUCCUUCAGGGGCAAGUAGUGAUUUUAAUGCAAUGCUUGUCUUUCAUCUUCUAGUCUGUAAUAGUUAGAAUUGGUUUCUUCUUUUCUAGUUUAUGUUUAUUUAUUUUUCAACAGUUAUGAAACAAGUUCUAAACUUAUAGUUAUUAAUCACUUUUGUUCGCUUAGAUUAAAAUGCAAAGGCAUGUCUUACAACGGGAGGAAAGUUAAGUUCCCAGAGAAAACCAAAGUUGGUGGCUGCGGUGGGCAAGCGGUUUAGGCAUCCGGCCAUCUAGGAACACUAGUCAUCCACCACUGGGUCUAAGUUUUGAGGCCUAUGUGGGGCAGUCGCCAGGUACUGGCCACAGGUCAGUGGGUUUUCUCCGGGGAACUCCGGCUUUCCUCCAC